AUGGCUGGAGAAGACAAGGGUCGCAUGCUUCUGUGUGCCACCGCCACAGAAACAUCCUGGAUGGUCAGCCCCUCAGUGAAUGAAUGGAGCUGUUUUGAAACCAGUGGGAUGAUGACAACUGUGGAAAGACCCCACUCGGAUCUCCUGCUGCAGGUUGUUUCUUCCACAAAUCUCUUGUAUGACAAUCGUCUUGGCAUCUAUUUUUCAAAGGACCUGAACCAACACAAGGUGGGAUUCGCUGCUGCUUAUAUCAGGGAAGAACACCGAGAAGUGAAGCACAGAGGGGUCAGGUUCCGGGAGCGACGGGAAGGUUGCAGGGGGCCUCGGGGCAGGUCCUGGAGCUCAGGCAGCCGGCACCGGGAGCCCAGCUCAGGCCGCGGGGUGCAACCGGGCAAGAGCGCUCGGGCUGCCGAAACGGGAGGAGAUCAGAAAAAGGAGAGACAUGGAAAAAAGGAGAGGAAGAGGAGCAACACUCAAGCGGGAAUGAAGAAGGCAGACACUGAGGAACGCCCGCAGGAACCCGCAGACAAGCAGAGAGCUGGGCUGGGCUGGGAGAGGGGCCCGCGGAAGGGGCGGGGCGUCAGGCGGCUCGAGGCCAAUGGGAGGGCGGGCCGGGGCGAGGGCGGAGCACUAGGCGAAACGACGCCAAUGGGAGGGCGGGCCGGGGCGGCAAGAAGCCAGUGGGAGGGUGAGUUAGGGGCAGGGGCGGGGUCCCAAGCCAAUGGAAGGGUAAUACCGAGAGGGCGGGGCGCCAGGCGGCGAGAGAGCCAAUGGGAGGCCGAGCCGAGGACCGCGGGCGGUGGGCCUCCCCGCGAGGGGAGGGAGACCCGGAAGGCGGUGGGGGCGGGGAGUGGAGCUGACAACCUGUCAAAUCCACUUUGGGACGAACUAGGUCACGCGCUCCGCGGGCCGGGCACCCCCGCCCGCCAGGCACGGCCGCGGCUGCUUCCUCUUCCUGCCCGCGGUGGUGGGGGUGGGGCAGGCCUCGGGACACCUGCCUCCGCCGCCGGCCGCCGGCCUCGCGCGGCUUCCCGGGCGGUUCUGCCCCGACCAUACACUCCCGGCCUGCUCGCGGCGGGAGGAGCCGUGGUUCUGCGGCCGUGGGCGCGCUCUCUACCUGGCCACUGGGAGACCCCCCGCGGCGUCGCGGGGAAAACCUCGGGACUGCCCCGUGCCCCCGGCCGUCUCUGCGUCGCUCCUUCUCGCGCGCGACCGUGGACUCGUCCCCGCGAGCCCGGGUUGGCGGAAGCUGCGGGGGCCGGGGUCGCACUACUUGGCGCGGAAGGGCCGGCGGUGGGCGGAGGGAUCCCCGUCCGCGGGGUGAGCCGCAGGAAGGAGCCGGGAGGAGCCGCAGGGGGGGAGCCGGGAGGAACCUGGCGCCGGCACCCACCCGCAGCGCCCACGCGUGCCGCGGUCGCCUGUUUCCCGCGGGAGCCCGGCCGCGCUCGGGGGGAGGCGCUCGCGCAACUGGGGCUGCCUGGGUCUAGGAGCUCCGGAGCCACCGUUUUGUGCCCGUGGAGCCGCGGGGAAGGCGCCGCGCGCUCGGGUCUUCCCGGCGGGUCGUCCUGCACUUUCUUCCUCUCCGGUACGGACCGCGGCGUUCUGUUUCCAGGCAAAGGAAAAUAAGUCAAAGACUCAGAAGGCAGCGUGAAUCCAGGGCCCGGGAUGCAGGGUUUGCUGGAACGCCAGCCGGUGCGAUCGCGCCCUUGGGAUUCCGCUUAGCCCGCGCGUCCAUUUCCCUGCACGGUGGACUCAGUAAAGCCGGAUCUGUCCAACGCCUGCAGCGUGGAUGUGGAGGCGGACUAAUCAACCAGUGCUCUGUUAUUAUUUCUACCCAUCCCUUUUCUCCAUGCUAAUUUGCUUAGAAGUUUAACAUUGAAUGGACAGCAAAUGUCAUGUUCUGUUUAAUUAUCACUCCUUGACCAUUAUGUUAAUUUCUCUCCCUAACAAGGUGACGCAUUGUUUUAAGUAACAAUGACCAACUCAUCUACUCUUCCAAAUUGUGUAAAUUGAAGGAUAAAAUGUGGGAAAACGCUAAAUUUGAAUGCUAAAUUUGAACAUUUCACACAAUAAUUUGAAAUGCUUCUUUGCAAUAUUAUGGUGUUUCGGAACAGAUAAAAAUAUUUCAUUUUCAGACAUUUGGUCAACAAAUACUUCUUGGACGUUUAUAUGCAAAGCAAUGCAUGUAACAUUUUCAUUACUUUGCAAGUGUGCUUAUCAGUAAAAGAAUUUUGUUUUAAAUUCUAGCCUUCGUUUAAAUGUAUUUUAGUUACCACAUUGGGGAGAAAAUAAAAUAUUGCUAUGUACGGAA